AUGUGGGUACGAUGGGUUAAUGCUAUCUAUGUGAAAGGAGAAAAUUGGUGGGGGUAUCAGCCAAAGGCUGAUAGUGGGUGGUAUUGGAGGAAAAUUUGUGCAGUAAAGGAACAAUUGAAGCAGUACUAUGAUGAGAGCAGUUUUGCUCAAUUGCCUAAGUAUUCUGUGAAGAAGGUGUAUCAGCAAAUGGUGGUGCAUCACCAAAAGCUUCCCUGGUGUCAUGCAGUUUGGUGCAGAGCUGCAGUUCCUAAGCAUAGAGUCAUAUGUUGGGUCAUGGUCCAUGGGAGAUUACAGACAAGAUCCAGGUUGCAGAAAUUGGGAAUCUGUGACACUUCAAUGUGUUUGAUUUGUGACAGUCAUGAGGAAACUCAUCCUCACCUCUUUUUUGAGUGCUGCUACAGUAAGGCAUGCUUAGUGGAGAUAAAGAAAUGGCUUGGCAUACCAGGUCACAUUGUCCACUACAUGGGCCUGAUUAGAUGGAUUCAAUGGAAGAGUAAGGGGAGUAACUUCCAGAAGAAGGUUCUGUAUACUGCAGUUAAUGCUGUAGUGUAUGCCAUUUGGAAAGUCAGGAAUGAUGCUCUUUGGAACAAUAAGGUUCCUACUGUGCUACACACUUUCAAUUUUGUAAAACAAAGUGUUAUAGAUAGAAUUCAAUGCAUAGGGAUGCCUGAUAGUGAUACUGUACAGCAAUGGUGGCAGGAGAAAAUUGUGUAG